AUUUCGAUGCAAACGUUAAAAUUAACAGGCGCGUUAAACAGUGUUUUUUGACCGGCAAACGGGCAUGACGUGCGUUGCGAACGGUUGCGCUGUGUUGAAUUGUGCAUUUGUUGUUGUUGUGCGCACCUUUUUUGAAUGAUGUGUCCGACUUGAAUGAGCGGCAAACACGCGUAACGGCAAUAAAAAUAGCGAGCGCGGCUGGCAAAAGAAACAGAAGAGCAAUAAAAUUGUAAUAAUUACCAAAUCGUGUUCGGCGUGUACAAAAUGCAGCCACUGUUGUUGGCCAAGUAUAUUGAAGCAGAAGCAGAGAGCAAAGCAUAAAAACCAGUUCAGAGUGUUUAAAAUAAAUAACUGCCGCCUAAAAACGCCGGUUUACAUUCUACAUUCAAUUAAGCUUGCAACUAGUUUGUGUGUGUGUGUAAAUUGACGUGCGUAUGUGUGUGUAAGUGUGAGUGCUUAAACGGCCAAAAGCAAAGGAAUUUAAACACACAUAUCGAAGAGAGCCAAAAGGCAGACAACAAUAGGCAAAGGAAGCUGGAAGGAGGAUUCAACUCCAGAAGUUGUUUGACUGCUUUUCCAUUUUGUUGUUGUAUCUUUCUUCAUCUUCAUCUUGUUUGCUUUGUUUUUGGACUUGGACGAAAUGCCGCAUAAAUCUAGCGCUUCUUUUUGUUGUUGAUCAUUUUGGAGUUGGAGUCAAUGAGGAGUGGCAGCCACAGGGGCAGCAGGUAGCAGCAGCUAGAGAGGAGACGGAGCAGCUAGAGAGGAGCCGGAGCAGCUAGAGAGACGUCAUGCCCUUCAUACAACGCGUGGUGCAGCCCAUCCAUGUGGCACAAGCGACUGCCGCCAGUUUGGGGCAAGCGGGAACGCGCUUUCAAUGCCAACCCGGCAAAUGCAGUAACAACAAUUGCAUCAACAAACAGACGCCGGAUGAGGCAGCUGCAACAUCGCCCAGUUUGACCAGAGCCUUGGUGCAUCACUGUGAGCAGGAUCAACAACAACUGGUGAAGGAUCAUGCACCACGUCCGCCCGCCUCGCUGCCCAUGAAGAAACUGAAGCAACAUGUCGAAUUUAUGCCAUCCACAUCGCCCACAAGAACCACGCCCACAUCCCCCACACGUCUGUCCGCCUCCCAGUCGCUGCCCAAUUCGCGGCAUCCCAGUCAACAGCGUGUCGCGUUGCCAACCCGCAAUGCCAGUGCACCCCAAUCCCCCUCACACCCCAACCCCAACUCCAGCUCUUCCGUCGCCCCCAGGGUCAUAUCUGGCUAUGAGUUUGACUCCAUCAGCAAUAUCACGUUAAGCAAUGCAUUGCGUCAAUUGGCCAGUUUGGUGCUCAUCGCCAGCGACAUCUUUGAUGAUCUGCAGCGGGACCUGCAGGGCGUGGGGGAGCGGGCGGGGCGGGUGCAGCGCAAGAUUUUAGCCGUGGAACGGCGCGUUUGUGCCUACGAUCCGAAAAUGGUCACAGUUCCUGAAAGCGACCUCAUCACCUUUGCACAACGUAAGCAGCACUUUGCUUCGGACAAGGCAUUCCAGCAGGAGCUCUUCACCAACGAAUCGAGGCCCCACAGCGUUCGUCAGCUCUACAAGGAGGCGGGCAAGGAGUUGAUCCUGUUGCCCAUGGCGACGACUCCACUGCGUUCCGUUUCCUUUAAUGGCGACGUGCAAGCGAGUGAUGAUAUCUUGGACGGAUCCGGGGAUGCAACUGGGGUGGAGGAACCUCUUCUCUGCUCCGACUUGGACUUUGGCAAUGCGAAUCGCAAGCUGCGAACGCGCAUCGAUGCUGAAAUUGAAAUACGCUUGCCCGCUGGCAUCGAGGAUUUGCGGAAAUGGACGUCCAGCGAAGCACUCGGUGAUGUCACCGUCACGCCCGAUUGCAUGCACCAUGUGGAUACCUCGAUCUGCACAUCGAUGGUAAUUGGUGAUAACGGCAUUCUAACGCCCGCACUCUCUCCGUCCGUGCUGUCCGCCGAUGCGGUCGAUGCCCAAUAUGCCAUCAACAUUAGCCAAACGGCGGACAGUGCUCAUCAGCAUCAGCAACAUCAUAAUCAUCAUCACCAUCAUCAUCAGCAGCAGCAACAGUUGCUGCUACCGAACGAUAUCAAUAAAGAUGUGCCUUUGAAUCAUCGACUGCCUUCACCCGAGGAACAAACCAAAAUAAUUGCCUUAAAAUACCCCGCCGAAGUGAUCUCGGUCAAUACAUCCGGCAAGCAUUUCCAGCGCAUGUGCGCAGCUCGCAAAUCUACGACAGGCUGUUACGCCGGAGGAGCAGGCGGAGGAGGGGGAGGAGCUGGCACCGCAACUCCAAGCAGCGGCAGCCCAGAGGAGAAUCAGACGGAGGCCAAUAAUCUGGAUGACAAUAUCCAGACGGUCAGUCGGAGGUCAAGGUCACGCAAGGUGCGGGGAAAGCGUCGUAACACCAUUGCGGGCAUUGAUCAGAAGGAAAUUCAGGAUGCUGCUAAUGGCACUGGUGAUUCACCGAGGAAUGCUGCAAAUGCCACAUCCCCGGCUCCGACAACUGUGGCAACCGUGGAUGCCACCAAGAAAUCCAAGAAAUUUGGACGCAGCAAAUCGAGUGACAUCUUAAAAAAGGAAUCUGUUGCCUUGCCCUACGACAAGGGGAAGAACACAUUGACCCGGCUGAAUUCGCUGAAGCAAUGGGGCAGGAAUCGUUUCAAGUUUAUCGGAUUGGGCGGGGAGUCGAGUCAGUUGGACACGAGUGGCUGCAGUUCCCAGCACAGCAAUAGUUUCACUGAGAAGCCAGAGUUGCCACAGCCGGGCAAUGAUAGUGCUGGAACGAAAUCCAAGCGCGAAUCCCCUCGAGAUAUUGAUGAUGAGUGUGUGGUGCAUCAGCUGAUUGCGCAGAAGAGUGAAUCACGGUUUUCGCACGAACGAAAGCCCUCGUAUUCCUCAUCCGAGAAGAGCAUGAGCGUCUCCAGCAGCGGCCAGUUGCGUGGCAAGCUGCAGCUCUCCUCCUCUCUCGCCUCUGCCGCGGCGCACGUGAAGAUGCGGGAGACGGCGACAUUGAAUCGACAGCGUCGGAAUGGCUUGCAUCGUGUGGAUGCAGCCGGGAAGGAGGAGCAGCCACAUUCGUCGAGUGGCAACUGGAGUGCCAGCUCCGAAUCGGGACGUGCCUCCAUUGGCAGCGAGAUCACCAUGCAGCCCAAGUCGAGUGCAUCCAACACCUCGCUGAAUGUGUCCAGCUUCCAGCCGUGCAGCAGCAGUGGACCACCCUCCUCCAUGUUGAGUCGGAGGCGUUUCCUCAACACCUCCGCCUCCAGCAGUGUGACCAGUGAGGGAACCGCCACGCCGGAGCUGCAAACGGAUGCGGGCUCAUAUCCCAAUCAUUUGGAUGAUGAGACCAGUUCCGCCUACAGCUGUGACACUGAAGGCUACUACACAUCCUUUCACAUGGACAGCGGACUGCGCACGCUCAAGGAGGAGGAGCCACCGAUGACGCCACUGCAGCAGAGUCUGCACACCAGCAGCUACUCCUUUGGCAGUCAGUCCAACCAGACGGUGCUCAAUGCGGAGAAUGAGUAUGAGCUCUAUGGACGUGGUUCCACAUCGACCACCACGAGUUCCGCCGGCACAGUCUGCACCACAUUGUUGAACGCGGCCAUUUGCACGGGACCCGAUGUGCCGGAGAGGAGCAGCUCGUUGGGCGGGGGUAAAUCCGGCCAGAGUCAGUGUCAGAGUCGGAGUCAGAGUCGGAGCAACAGCAACAGUGCGAGCAGCAGCACCUUGGAGCGCAGCUACAGCAGCAGCACCAUUGGCAGCACCUUGGAGCGCACGGGCACCAUUAAGCGUAACGUUAAACUGGCCACAAACCAGGAGGAUGCACUGCAGCAGCAACAGCCACAACAACAGCAAGCGCAAUCAGGCGAGGAACAAAGUUUACCACAUGAUUUGGAGUACUCGGAAUGCUCGGAUUUGGAGGGUGUCGAGCGCAUCGAGCGCAUCAAACAAAAGACCACAAUAAAUGCCAAGCGCAUACCUUCCAUGUGCAUCAUCACACCCAAUACCAGUGACGAUGAUGAGCAUCAAGCGGCGGAUAGAACUUUGACCAAUCUGCAGGUUGAUGUCACCGCUGAAACGGUUACGGUUAGCCAGGAGCAAUUGACGCCAACGAAUAAUAGCAAAGAUCACAACCUCAAUGAGCUGAAACACACACCAACGAAAGCAUUCGGCGGCAUGUUCGAAAAGUUGCGCGUCGUGUUGCCAGCAAUUAAACGCAAUUCGCCGCUUAAACUCGCCGCGGCAACAGCGAGUGCCGUUGAUGAUGAUAAACUGUACGAUGUUGCCGGCGAAUAUGUGACCAUAGCAGACAUAAGCAACAACAACAAUCACAAUAAUCGUAACAAUAAUAAGAGUAAAAGUAAUUUGGCCAUUUACUAUGCCAAUGACAUGGUGAAUCGUAAAGGGGAGGGUGCUGCUGCUGUCAACCAACCCUCGGAAUAUGUGUCGCUCAAUGAGUUGCCGCAACAUUUGCGACGCCAUGAGAGAGCGGAUACAUGCGCAGAGUUGCCACAGCUGCCACAGCAAGCCAACAGAGAGUCGGGGGGUGUUCCCAUGUACGCAGAGAUCAGCGAGUUGCGCGAAGAGAAAUCGCUCAUCUCAACAGCAACAACAACAGCAACAGCAACAUCCACAUCAUCGGAGCGUCGUCGGGUGCGCACGAAUGCCGAGGGACGAAUCAUUUACGACUCGGAUAGCCUGAAACGACGCAAGGGGCAACACACCACCUUUGCACCUGGGCCGCAUGUGAAGAAGGAAACAGAAACCGAAAGUGUCAUCAGUGCAACACGAGACGCCGCUGCGUGUGAAAGUGCCACAAAGAGCGCCAAAUUAUUGUUAUUAAACGGCGGCCACAACAAUCGCAAAGUUGCCAAUGUGCGUCCCAUAAUUGCCACAAAAUCCGCGGCCAACAUGGCUGCCUAUCAGCCAGGCUCUUAUCAGGAGCAGAAACAGUUGCUGGCCAACAACACGAAUCCAUUCUACGAGACAAUUGCCAACAAUGCGAGCAACAACAACAGCAACAACAUGAUGCCUUCACCUUCCAGUAAAUCAAAUUCAUCAACUGGCUCCACAGCCACAAAUUCAUCAUCCUCAACGGCUACAACAGCAUCGGCGAAUUCCGGCGAAGAAGGGUAUCAACGUUUCUCUAAUAUCUAUGAGCAAGUGCAGCCAGCACCACAGUUGAACACAGCAGCACCGCCCACAGAUGCCACGCCCUUUCAGCGCAAUGCGCCAGUUUACUGGACACUGCAGAAUCGACGCAGCCAACCCAAGUCGCUGCCCGGGGGCAAUGUAACCUGUCGGGAUGAUCUUUAUGCCACGCCCAUUCGUCGUGCUGAUCGCUUGGCCCGUGCAGCCGCCUCCUCCUCAUCCUCGAACGGAGGAACUGUAGCUGCCAACGAUGGCAGAAGCAACAUAUCGCCCAUUGUGCCAAGGAAUGGCAGUGGCAUAUUUCUAACCUCCACGCCCACGAGAUCAUCGGAGGCAAGUGUCUCGGAGAAUGUGCCACCGAUGAAGCAGCCAGCUAAGAAUUGGAGUGAUAAUGCGCCAGAGCGUUUGAACACAUGUGCGGAUCGCAUUGGCCAAAGCAAGACCACGUUGAUGGACUUUAAGAAACUGCUGCUGGCCAAAUCCGCCAAGACGAGUCCCGUGCAGCGCAAAGUAUCCGCCGUGGAGCUGCUCAAGAAAUCCACGGCGCCGGCAAAUACUCCAGCAACGACGACCAGUCAAAAGCCAAUCCAUGCGACGCCUGGUGCGUCGAAGCCAACGCUGAACUCCAGUCUGAAGCUGCUCGAUUUGAGUGGCUCGCCAAAAACCUUUGCCAAUCGCCGAAUGUUGCGUCAGGGCCAAUUUGGUUCGCCCUCCAAGACAUUUGCCCCGAAGAUUCGUGGUCCAAGUGCUGCGGUUGCUUCCGUUGUGCCACGUACGGACAUUAUGUCCACCACAAUUCCAGAGGCCAACAGCGAGGAGGAUCACUCCAAUAACAGUGGAGGGUCAAGGGCCAGCUUAGAGUCAUGUGAAACGGCAGCAAGAACUGUUGCAAGUCCCAAUUCCGUUGCCGUUUCCAGUUUCGAUCUGAAGCGGAAUUUCUUCCUGCAAACCGAGGAGAACAACUUUAUGCGCGGUGAGCUAAAGCCGAGCUUUGGCAGGAAUGGAGCUGGUGUUGGAGUCGUUGUCAGCGCUCCCACAUCAUUGCCGGCUUUUGAGACGGCGCUGUAGGAGAUCAGGCGACAAUGGCGGGUCAAACCCGUCUCAGUUGCCUCGAGGAGAUGGCCGUAACCAUAUACAUAUGCAUACAUACAUUAAUUAAACAAUUACAUAUUAUUCCAUAAGCAAACGUAAUGAUAACAUGUUAAGCAAUCCCAAUCCGAAUCCGAAUCCUAAAUUUGGCUUCAAUUCACCCACAACAAAACACACGAAACGACGCUGAAAACGCAUUUACUUAUAACGUAUAUAGAUCGGAUGAAUACGAGUCAAAAUCGAUGCUACUUUAUGCAAAAUUUACAUAACUAUGUAUACUUUAGAUACAUAAUUAUAUGGCAUGCUAUAUAUAUAUACACACAAUUAUACCUAUUGUACAAUAAAUUGUGUAUUUUUUAAAUUGUGCUGCGAGCUAGCGAAUAUUUUAUACACGAAUCGUCAAUAUUUAUUUUGUAAUUUUACGUUAUUUAUUGCAAUUAAAUACUACCUUACACGCAUUUGCUCUUUAUUUUGUACGUCAAUAUUGGAUUAAGAGGAAGCGCAAAUAAAUAAAAAUAUUACAAAUAAAA